AUGAACGCCGUGAGAAUGGUCUGUCCAUUUCAGGCGCUGCUUGUCCAUCUCGAUGCCCAUCAUGCCGUCAUCAAGGGCUGGAGCUUGGUAAACAUAUUGAUAGUUCUCGGGCAUGGGAGAAGGACACCCUUCGUCGCUAUGUAUCACGAUCAAAGCUGCGUGAUCAUCUUCGGUUACCGUAUCGAGUGGAUGGGUUUUCAUAGUCUGUUGGAAGAUUCUAAGUAA